AUUCCUUCCGCUACGUGAUGGCUCAUCAUGUUGGCUCGUUGCGCCGUGCCCAAACCGACAGUGUUCUCCGGCACUUCUUUCAUGGCCAGCACGCUGCUCCGGUGUCAUUCACCGGCGCCGUAGCUUCGAUCGCUCCAUUAGACCCGAACAACGUGACCCUCGGUGAUGUUCAAGUCGAAGUCAGUGCACCUUUGACUCUGCACACGACCUACGACGCUGGAGAUUCCGAUCUGCGAACCAUGUUGGCACAAUGUGCUGCUGCUGCGCCGAGCCUUCCUCCACCCUCUCGAGCGCUCGCUGCAAUUCUCUUCGAAACUUCUGUGCACCAUCUCGUUGAAAUGCUCUUCCGCGUCAGCGCCAUUCACGCGUGCGAAGCUCUUGCCAAAAACCGACGGAGCCUCGUCCAGACGCUCAUCACUCAAUUAGAUCGCAACGUUGUAGUGGACGCGCCAGACGCGUCCAAACUGCAAACGCAGGUGCACAUGCUUACAACUGUGUACAAGAACGAAGUCCAAGUGCUCCGCCGGUCCAUCUCUCGGUUCGAAGACGCCAGUCGUGAAGCGCUCAAGCGACGUGGCCAGCUCCAUCCUCCAACUCCGACGACGAGCCCCACGUCCGCUCGAUCGACACCAUCGAUAGAAAAGGACGACCUUGAGCUCCACUUUGCCGCCGCACAUACGCAACUCGAGCGGGAAGUGUUGGACGUCCUUGAGCCACCAGUGGACGGCGUCCCCGACGAAUCGACGCCAAACAACUCGGACAUGUUGCAGCUGGCUACCCGCGCUUGUGAACUCGAGUAUGCUGUUGGCCACGCCCGACUGUUGCAAGCAUUUUUCGACGCCAAAGCAAGCCGCCGCGAGGAGCUCGAGAUGGAGCGGCGCCGACGUCUUGUCGUGCUAAAGAACCCCCCGUCGGAGCUGCCCCACUACCUAACUCAGCUUAACACGGAGCUCGACGACCUGUUCGCGGCGUACGCGGAAGGGAAAGCUCGCUUGGAGGCUGCGUUGGACGACGAAGCGAAGCGCCAAGAAGCAACCCUCCUAUGUGCCAUGUGCUGUGUCCGCGACGACUCUCCAUCGUCGUCGACUUUGUCAUCGACCAUGAUACUGCACCCUACGCUCCACUCCACUCGCAUCCACGCCAGUCUCUGGUCUAAGCUCCAUGCUGUGGAGCGCCUCGUUGCGGUGGAAACGCGGCUUCCACCAACGCUUCAUCAGUGGCUUGCACUCAACCAUGCUCAAACGUAUGUCCCAUCGAAUGCGGACGCAGUGGGGGCGGCAGUGGCGGCCGCCGUUGCUAAAGAAUCGCAGGCGCUCACCCGACAACAUGCAGAGCGAAUGAGGGCGCUAGAAGAAGCACACGCCAUCGAAAUGGAGACCAUGCGGAAUGAACGGCGCCAGCGUCAAGUUCGCGCUGUCUUGCGCAAGUGGACGCAGACCGUUGGCGCCCCUCCCCCGAUGCUUGAGCUGGAAGACGACGAUGGACCCAUUGAUCCCGAGGACGAGUUAGGACAGGAUCAUCAAGCUGAGUUGCUGGCGGUUGUGCGCCUGACUCGAAUGGUUGCGCGGCGCAGAGCCAAGGCUGCCAAGCAACGUGCUGUAGCACACGUCGCCCAUCUCACGACGCUACAGGCCACACACAAGCAGAUGCUGGCGGCUUUAGCCAACGAACUUGACUGUGUGCAAUCUCUCGAACAUGCUCGACUAAUGGAACGAGUCAAGAAGCGCAGAGCAGUUCGCGGCAUCUCGCACCAACACCAUAGGUCUCGUGAGAAAACACCUGAUGCAGCUUCAUCGGCCGACGGAAUCGCGGCAGAAAAGGAGGCUAUCCUCGCCGAGCAAAAGACAGCACUGGCGCAAGUGGAAGCGGUGGCUGCAAAGAAGGCCGUGGACGCAACUGUCGCGGCGUUGGCGACAGAGGCCGUCACGAUAGGUCUCGCCGAUGAUAUUGCUGUUGACACCACAAUUCGUUCUCAAGCGAACCGGGCAUUGCCGUCGGACGACGUGUUUGGCGCACUGGUGAAACGCUUUGCUGAGCUAGAUCUUUCUCGUGUACAGUGCUCCAUAUCUCAGGUCCACGCGGUCGAGAAGGUGCUGCUCCAGAUGCGUGCGCGAGUAAAAGACUCGACCAAGAGCAGCACCGUGGCUGGAGGUGGCAAGGCCAAGCUGCCAACGAAUGCCCGCAAAAAGGCAGUUGCGUUUCGUUGAAUAUAUUAUUCGUUGCUAGUUCCACCGGCGAUGCCGUGGAUGGGUGUGUACGGUUCAUGAUCUCGAACUUCCUGAGCCGCUACAUGUACACAAGCGGCGUGUAGUACUGCGACGAUCUUUCCCGGUGGAGCUGACCGACAACGGCGAACAUCAGCCCAACGCCAAGGCACGAAUAACCAGCGACGACUCCAACUGUCAUGUCGGGCAUGUAAUGCAGGGCUGUCAACCCAAAGUACAUGACCAUGAUGCCGCUGCCACGGAACGACGCCAUCAGACCAAACCAUCGAAUUGGAGCCUUCAUCCCGCCGACCGUUGCGAGAAUGAGCAAGGCCGCCAAUGUAAUGUGGUAAGCGUACAAGCACAAGGGAAAUAUCGUCGCGCGCAGUUCAAACGUGUACGGGAGAACCGCGAGAAGCCAGACGUGGACGAUGACGGUGAUGACGGCACACGUCGACGCGAGGAGUUGGUGGGCCAAGUGAAAGCCACCGACACCACCAACGCUGUACCACGUAGCUUCCAUCGUCGUUUUACACGAUUGAAGGGAAUGUAGUAGUGUACCUUUUGG